AUGGAAGUCGAUAAAGGGGACGUGUUCGUACGCGCAGGGGGUGAAAACGCACUUCAAGGACUGCUUUUCGCUGAAGAGGGUGUUAUUCUAUCGCAAUUAUUCGCUUUGAAUCCGAACGAUGGGAGAAGCAAAUUCUUCCAAAGUCUACCGCCUAAACUGAUGGGAGCAGGGUGGUAUCAUGGAAUGACGAAGAAUAGACUUAAAACUACCAAAUGUCGGAUUGACUUGUCCAAACGUGCUUUGGAAGCUAGAAAGGCUCAGAUCCAACGCAGAACAGCGGCUGAGAAAAAGAAGGAUUACCUUGCAAACUUAUUCGAGGAUGGCAAGCUGACUAGAAGUGGUUCGAUACCUGAUCAUGCGUUUGGUAGACUGUUUGGAGAUGCUGGUAUCGUACUGUCUGUGGUGGAAGAAAAAAGGAUGUAUCCAGGGGGUUUGAAAGAUGUCCUCCGCUUCCUCGCUCACUAUGGUGAGCUUAGGAUGUUUCUAGGGAGUGAUACUGUUCCUGAACAAAUGUCAGCCGUAGAGGGUGAUGUGUGGGUCGGGUCUCCUCAAGUAGGUCCAUGGUAUGCCAAAGUGUUCUGGCAAGUGUAUGCGGAAUGCAAUUCCAUGAAUGCAGGACAUUUCGUAAUAACCGAUCGGUUCCAUUCAAUUUUCGGAAGGUGUAACGAUGAUGGAUUGGUCAAAAUAUUGCAUAUAUUCACCCAUUGCCCUCUUGAUCAAGACGACAUCGAAACGCCACUUGAUGUGUAUCAUCAAACUCAAGUUCGUCCAGCUGGGGUGAAAUCAGGACCUAUACCCCCUAUCGAUCCGAUGUCACCGUACGACUCACUUCAUUCCAACAUGAACAUCAUCGAAGCUUACACCAGAAUCCUAUACUACGCUGGUGAAAACCACAUACAUGGUCCUGGUCACCCCCACAGCUGA